AUGGAAAUCGCGGUGGAUGCGGCGUCGUUUGACGCCGAGUUGUUGCAACUUACGGAGGUGUCCCCUUUGGCCCUCAAAUCGAAUCCAAGCUACGUCGAGUCGCUCUUCGAGCAGUGGCUUUCGCUUCCCGAAACUAAUCGUCUGGUGACACAAUUGCUCGCUGAAGCAAAGGCAGGUGGACCCUUAACUGUCCAUGGCAACUCUUCUAGUCCGCAUGCCACUGCAGGCAAUGCUUUGCCUUCCAUGUUUCCAGCAGGCAGUGCACCACCACUGUCACCAAGAAGUUCAUCUGGCUCCCCUCGCAUUAUGAAACAGAGGACUGGCCCUUCUAAUUUAGGUUCUCCCCUGAAAGUAGUUAGUGAGCCAGUUAAAGAAUUGAUACCUCAGUUUUACUUUCUAAAUGGUCGCCCACCUCCAAAUGAACUAAAGGAGCAAUGUUUAUUUAGAAUAAAUCAGUUUUUCUCUGGAAACGCGGACGGACUGCAGAUGCAAGAAUUUAAAUCAGUUGCUAAGGAAGUUUGCAAGCUGCCUUCAUUCUUCUCCACGUCUCUUUUCCGAAAGAUUGAUGUUAAUAGCACUGGAUUUGUAACAAGGGAUACAUUUACUAAUUAUUGGGUCAAUGGCAACAUGUUGACGAUGGAUAUAGCUACUCAAAUAUAUUCAAUCUUAAAGCAACCAGAUCUCAAGUACCUUACUCAGGAUGACUUUAAACCUGUCCUUCGAGAACUUUUGGCAACUCAUCCAGGGUUGGAGUUCUUACAGAGCACACCUGAGUUUCAAGAAAGAUACGCUGAAACUGUAAUAUACAGAAUAUUUUACUACAUAAAUAGAUCUGGGAACGGUCAUCUCACCCUCAGGGAGCUGAAACGUGGAAACUUGAUUGAUGCAAUGCAACAUGCGGAUGAAGAAGAGGACAUCAAUAAGGUUUUGAGGUACUUCUCUUAUGAGCAUUUUUAUGUUAUAUACUGCAAGUUUUGGGAGCUGGAUACGGACCAUGAUUUCCUUAUCGACAAAGAGAACCUGAUAAGAUAUGGUAACCAUGCACUUACCUACCGGAUUGUUGACAGAAUAUUUUCUCAGGUUGCAAGAAAGUUUACUAGCAAGGUUGAGGGAAAGAUGGGAUAUCAAGAUUUUGUGUACUUCAUUCUGUCAGAGGAGGAUAAAUCGUCCGAGCCUAGCCUUGAGUUCUGGUUCAAGUGCGUAGAUUUGGAUGGAAAUGGAGUUCUGACACGGAAUGAACUGCAAUUCUUUUAUGAGGAGCAAUUGCAUAGAAUGGAAUGCAUGGCCCAAGAGCCUGUUCUCUUUGAGGAUAUAUUAUGCCAGAUAAUUGACAUGAUUGGACCAGAGAAUGAGAGCUAUAUCACACUCCGUGACCUGAAAGGCUGUAAGCUUUCAGGAAGUGUCUUCAACAUCCUUUUCAACCUUAACAAGUUCAUGGCCUUUGAAACUCGUGAUCCGUUUCUCAUUCGUCAGGAACGCGAGAAUCCAACCUUGACAGAGUGGGACCGGUUUGCGCAUAGAGAAUAUAUCAGACUUUCUAUGGAAGAAGAUGUUGAAGAUGCCUCCAAUGGAAGUGCCGAAGUUUGGGACGAAUCGCUUGAGGCUCCCUUUUGA